CUGAGGCUGGCAGGGCCAAGGACGGAGGGACCGUCGGUUGUGCCUCUUAACUGCCAAAAACUAAAAAGUGCUUUUCAAGUCGGUUUUCACUCUGCAGCCAAAUUUUGUCGUCCCAGACGGCGGUUAGAAUCCCAAGGACCUGGGUUCGAAUCCCAGCUCCUCCACUUGCCUGCUGGGGUGACCUUGGGCAAGUCACUUCUCUGAUCCCCCAGAUCCCCUCAUCUGGAAAAUGGGGGGGUAAGACUGUGAGCCCCAUGGGGGACAGGGAUCAGCUCUGAUCCUCCCUGGCAAGGCCCUUGCUCUCCCGAUGAGGUGGGUGAGUUAAUUCUGCUGUUGACACCACCCUAGAAGGUGGCCCUCAUCACCUUUUGACCCUGGCCAAGUAGGGGCCACACGAUUAGGACCAUCCCCCCUGCAGCACUGGCCAAGAUGGAGCGAGGCUUUACUGUCUUAAUUCAAUACACGCUGUCUUUCUCGUUUUCUAUACUUCCCUCGUCCCCAGAUUAAGGAUGCCUGCUGUUUGUGUUUUAAUCUUUGGAGGCAGUGGGUACAUGAAUGAAUGAUCCAUUAUCUUUGAGCUCUGAGGUUUUCGUUAACUCGAGCGGAGAAGCGGAGGAAUUUGGAAACUGAGCGGGCUGAUUGCAAGACCUGAUGAUAGUUUGUCGCAGAAAGUUUACGCUCCAGGAUCAUCAUCAAAUCAUCAGAUCUUAUUUAGUAAUUCUAGGCAUUCUACCCAAGGCAGAACCAAAGGUACACUGUUCUCACUUAUUUGGAUGCUGGCUUUUCCUGCAGAAUUCCUAGGGAAUCAGAGGGAGGAUAAGGUCUACUUGUCAAAUUGAAAUAAUAAGAGCAUGACCCUUUUCAGCUGCAGUGUACUUUUUGCAAUGGCCAGAUCAAGAGGGCCUCACCUUCUCGUCCUGCCUAGAUGCUUCGCAUUUUCCCCAUCCAUUGCAUUCUUCCAACCUGCGGAUUCUCAUUUAAAUCAAACCUGUUUGAAGAACUCUGGAAGCAAGAAACUACUACACAUUUUUCAGCUAAGCAACAGGCUACCUCAUUUCCAAACUAAAACAAUAAGAAAGCUACACACAUCCACAUGCUGGCUUCAAGAGCUCCCAAACAAACCUCCUCCUAACCAAACCACAGAAAAGCUAGAGAAAAAAAGUGCCAAGCCCCCAACAGGCAAGGGGCAGGUGACGCAGGAGGCUAAGAGGUCUUUGAGCCGUAAAAUGCGGGAUGAACUCAUGCAUUAUUACAAUGGAUUCCACUUGCUUUGGACUGACACCAAAGUUGCUGCCAGAAUGGUUUGGAGGCUGUUACACGGGCAGGUGCUCACCAGACGAGAGAGGCGAAGGCUGCUGAGGACUUGUGCUGAUCUCUUCCGCCUUGUUCCAUUUAUGGUCUUCAUAAUUGUGCCCUUCAUGGAAUUCCUGUUACCAGUAUUUCUGAAACUCUUUCCAGAGAUGUUGCCAUCAACUUUUGAGACUGAGUCUAAAAAGGAAGAAAAACAGAAAAAGAAAAUGAGUGCAAAGUUGGAACUAGCAAAAUUUCUCCAAGAAACCAUAACCGAGAUGGCCAGAAGGAACAAAGUCACUGUGGGAGAGGCCACCAAGCAGUUCUCUAUCUAUGUAAAGCAGGUCCAGACAGGUCAUCAACCCAGCACAAAGGAGAUAGUAAGCUUCUCCAAACUGUUUGAAGAUGAACUAGCCCUGGAGCACCUCGACCGCCCUCAGCUGGUAGCCCUUUGCAAACUCCUGGAGUUGCAGGCCCUUGGCACCAACAACCUUCUCCGCUUUCAGCUCCUUAUGAAACUCAGUUCCAUAAAAGCAGAUGAUGAGAUGAUUGCUGAAGAAGGGGUUAAUGCUUUGAGUGUGUCAGAAUUACAAAGCGCCUGUAGGGCCAGGGGCAUGAGGUCUUUAGGUCUCUCAGAGAAGCAGCUGAAAGAACAACUCACACAGUGGUUGGACCUCCACUUGAAGGAGAAUGUCCCACCUUCUCUACUGUUGUUAUCCCGUGCUUUGUAUCUGAUAGAUGUAAAACUGAAGCCUAUUCAAAUUCCCCCAAGCAUUGAGGUGUCAAAGGCAGAGGAUGCUGGAGAACCACCUGCUUCUCCUGGUUCUAAAGAGGUCUUGGUGGAUCCCGCACUUCAACAGCAGGGAAUCAAGGUUACACCGCUGCCACCUGUUACAUCCCUGCCACCUGUGACACCACCACCAUGUCAUGCUGAAACCAACACUUCUAAAGAAGCUGCUCUACAGGCCAAAACGCAGACUUCAUCCCAAAGCAAGGCUAGUGCAAAUGGAGUGUAAACCCACUCAACGGUGAAGCGGUAAUCCCAAGCCAUGCCCUGGCACCAACAGUUGAGACAGUCCCAGCCUCAGCCAACUGAAUUUCAUGCGGAACAUAUAUGAAUUGGUGAUUUCGGUCAUUGUAGCAGUCCUCUAGGGGCUUUAAGCAGGCAUUCUAUUGCUUCGAUUCAUUUGGGAAACUCAACAGCUAAACCCACUUCUUCUGAGCCAUUACUUCUUCCCAUACUCAAUGUAUUCCUCAAACAAUGCAUAAAGACAUUUUUACUGACUUGUCUAAUCUAGAGUUUAACAAUGGUUUUAUCUGACGUGGUACUUUGUGCCCACAUCUUUUAGGAUUCUCAUAGAAACAUUCCCCUAAGUCAAAAAUGAGAGCUACCUUGAUUCUUUAAAAAAAAGAAUAAAAAAUUGGCUUCCUCCAACUUGAAACAAUGGGUGGGAAUGGGGAGAUGACAAUAAGCAUUAUGUGUUGGGCAACACUUUACUAACUGGAGCCUGUGAUUCAGUGAUGUUGGAUUCAAAUUGAUUGUUUGAAACUGAAGGUAUCGAUGGCUGCUCCGAAAGCAGGCCAGGCUCCUAGACACCAAGUAACCCAGGAAAAGGUGGCACAACCUCGGGUAUUCUUAACCCAUAAAGAAAAAAAAGAAAGCCCUGUAGUGGACGGAAGAGUUAAAAAGGACUUGGCAGUCAAAAAGGGUUGGCUCUGGCCUAGUUGCUUUGACAUUCUCUCUUGGGCUUAUGAUGGCUACAGAUUAGUGUGCUGGAAAAGAUUCCACUCCUAGCACAUAUGGCUUUCAUUAGGCACCGUUUUUCUGGAAAACAUAAUUAACUGUAGUGAGGUAGGGCUUUAGGCUUAACUGUUUGUUUGGGUUGGGAGUAUUUUUUCUCUGGUCUGGUCUUUGGCAAAUCAGACUUUUCUAUUCGUUUUAGGUCUAAUUGUCCCUGUGUUACCCAGUAACAAGUAUUAUGUUCAGCUACUUAUUUAUUAUUUUUCAAACAAUGAUUUAGUGAUAUAGCAUGGUCCAUUAGACAAAUUGUUUUUACUUCCUGUAAAAUUGAAAGGUAAUUGCUUGGGGACCAAUAAACUAUAUUAAACUUUUAUUUUGCUACCCAGACUGGUUGGGAUCAUCUAAAUGAAUAAACAUGGCCACCUCAAA